CUCAAAGUCUGCUCACUGGUAUAUUUCCCCUUGCCAUCCAUUAGUUUACCCUCUUCUUUCUUUACCCUUCUCUUCUUCUUUUUAUGAUGACUGUUGAAGCCGAAAACGUUGCUGUUGACCCUAUCUACCAAGUUCCCAAGCGAUUGCUGGACAAGGCCAGUGCUCCUACUCCUUACGUUGACUCGUUUGAGAAGUACCAAGAACUGUGGAAGCAAAGUGUCGAGGAUCCUGACACCUUUUUCUCUAACCUCUCCAAAGAACUCUUGUCUUGGUCUAAGCCGUUCACAACUGUUCGCAGUGGAGGUUUUGAACAAGGCGACGUGGCAUGGUUUCUGGAGGGUGAACUGAACGCUUCGUACAACUGUGUUGACCGUCACGCAUUGGCAAAUCCUAACAAGAUUGCCAUCAUUCAUGAAGGUGAUGAGCCCAACUCCGUCCGCAACAUCACUUAUGGUGAACUUUUGCAAGAAGUUAGCCGUCUCGCUAAUGUCCUCAAGUCUCUCGGUGUCCGCAAGGGUGAUAACAUCGCCAUUUACAUGCCUAUGAUUCCCGAAGCUGUCGUGGCCCUUUUGGCUUGUGCUCGUAUCGGUGCCGUUCAUUCCGUUGUGUUUGCUGGUUUCUCCUCGGAUUCUCUCCGUGACCGUAUUGUAGAUGCUUCCGCCAAGGUUGUUCUUACCGCUGAUGAAGGCAAGCGUGGUGGCAAGGCCAUUGCCACUAAGCGCAUCGUUGAUCAGGCUUUGUUGACCGCUCCCUCUGUUGAAAGCGUCCUCGUUUUCCGUCGCACGGGUGCUGACGUUCCCUGGACUAAUGGACGUGAUUUGUGGUGGCACGAUGAAAUGGCAAAGGCUCGCCCUUACUGCGCCCCUGAGCCUAUGAAUGCCGAAGAUCCCCUUUUCUUGCUCUAUACUUCUGGAUCCACUGGCACUCCUAAGGGUGUCAUGCAUACCACUGGUGGUUAUUUGCUCGGAGCCGGUGCCACUGUCAAGUAUAUCUUCGAUUAUCAUCCCGAUGAUAUCUUUGCCUGCAUGGCUGAUAUUGGUUGGAUUACUGGACAUACAUACAUUGUCUAUGGUCCCUUGACUCUAGGUGCAACCACUUUAUUGUUUGAAUCUACCCCUACCUACCCCACCCCAUCCCGUUUCUGGGAGGUUGUUCAGCAGCAUAAGGUUACCCAAUUUUACACUGCCCCCACCGCUAUCCGUGCGUUGCGCCGUUUGGGUGAUAAGUGGUUGGAUGGUUAUGACCUUUCCACUUUGAGAGUCAUUGGUUCCGUUGGUGAGCCCAUUAACCCUGAAGCUUGGGAGUGGUAUAACGAGAUGGUGGGUAAGAAGAACUGCGCUGUCGUUGACACUUACUGGCAAACCGAGACUGGUUCCAUCAUUGUGACCCCACUUCCUGGCGCCAUCGCCACAAAGCCCGGUUCCGCUACCUUCCCAUUCUUUGGUAUCAAGCCUGUUAUUCUUGACCCCACCUCUGGAAAGGAGCUCGAAGGCAAUGAUGUCACCGGUGUGCUGGCUGUUGCUCAGCCCUGGCCAUCUAUGGCUCGUACCGUGUACAACAACCAUCACCGUUACUUGGACACAUACCUUCGUCCUUACAAGGGUUACUAUUUCACGGGAGACGGUGCAUCGCGUGACAAGGAUGGCUAUAUUUGGAUUCGUGGCCGUGUUGAUGACGUUAUUAAUGUCUCUGGCCAUCGUCUUUCCACUGCCGAAAUUGAAUCCGCCCUCAUCUUACAUCACUCUGUUGCUGAGGCUGCCGUUAUUGGUGGACAUGAUGACUUGACUGGUCAAUGUAUCCAUGCAUUCACCACCCUCAAGCCUAAUAUUGAGGAUAGCGAAGGCUUGGAAAAGGAAUUGGCUCUACAAGUCCGCAAAGUCAUUGGGCCUUUUGCCACUCCCAAGGCCAUCUACUGUGUCAAUGACUUGCCCAAGACACGUUCUGGCAAGAUCAUGCGUCGUAUCUUGCGCAAGAUUGUUAACAACGAGGCUGAUCAACUUGGUGACACUUCCACUUUGGCCGAUCCUUCUGUCGUCGACAUGUUGAUCGAGAAGGUCAAGUCUUCCCAAAAGUAAAUCGACUACUUUUGAGUGCUGCCCAUUUUCACCUACUGGCUUCAAUGCCCCCCAAAAAUAGUUUUUUCGCAAUAUCUUUUUUUUUUUUUUUUUCAUGUCCAUUAUUCGCUUAUAUUCUAAUUUCAUCGUCUUACUUCUCUAUUUUUCUUCCUUCUAUGACAAAAGAUAUGGAUCGAUUUUAUACGUCGAUAUUAUGGGCACUGUGUGCAUGAUUGCAUACUGUAAGCAAUUUAAUAAACACCAUCAUACCGGACAAUAGCUAUAGGGUUGAUAUUCCCUCCUUAAGUUGAUC